AUGGCGCCUAGCGACGACGUCAAGGUCGGCGACCUGGUCAAUGUACCCGGUGGCAUGUACGGAACUGUUAAAUACUUAGGAGCAGUUGCAGGCAAGCCAGGCCGAUUUGCAGGAAUCGAGCUGGGCAGCGAACAUGCCGCGCGAGGAAAGAACAGUGGUGAUGUGGACGGACGAAAAUACUUCGUGACCAACGUUCCGGGCUCCGGUAUCUUCGUGCCCAUGAACAACAGCAAAUAUGUUACUCGCCGAUCUACGUCCGCGUCCGCCAGUACCUUCGCUGCUCCGACAACACCUUCACGCGCUGCCCCCGUCAAUUUCAGCAAAUCAGUUGGCCCCAGUCUCUCGACACCGCGUCCGCGCAUGCGAAGACCCUCUCUCCCUCGUCCAGAAUCUCCUCGCGUCCCUCCUCCCAAGCUGAGCCUAAGCGGUUUGCGGACUCCGUCCGCGUCCUCCAAGGCCUCCAAUGGAUACCAACGCAGCCCUAUCAAACCGCCGUCUCGUCUUUCCGAUCGCCCGCCAUCCCGGCUCAGUAUAGAUGACGAUGCCUCGUCCUACGGUGGGAGACCGUCAGAUUUUCAGCGACCAUCCUCAUCCGAGGCCCAAGAGUUGAAAGAUCAAGUUCAGAAACUGGAGAAGCAACUACUGGAGCGAGAUAAGCAGCUCGAGGAACAGUCCAAGACCCUGGGUGAUUUCCAGAAGAUGUUGGAAGAAAUGGAGGGCUCGGAUAAUAUGAGCGUGCGGGCUCAGCUUCGUGAAAGAAACGAGCGAAUCAGUCAAUUGACCGCUGAAUUCGACGGCCACCGAGCUGACUUUCGAAGCACACUCGACACGCUGGAGAUUGCUGCCUCUGAGACUGAGCGUGUUUACGAACAGCGACUUGACGAGCUCAUGCAGCAGAACAAGGAGCUGCAGGAUCGCGGCGAGGAUGUUGAGAUUGUUGCACAGCAGCUGAAACAACUCGAGGAACUCGUUUCCGAGCUCGAAGAGGGUCUGGAAGAUGCAAGGCGGGGGGAGGCCGAAGCAAGGGCUGAGGUCGAGUUCCUCCGAGGAGAGGUGGAACGCACCAAGUUGGAACUCAAGAAAGAGCGCGACUGCUCGGCUGCGGCACUGAAGGAGGCGCAUGGCUCCGCUGAGGGCCAUCACAUUUCACAUGAGCUGGACCAAAAGGAUGAUGAGAUUCGAGGUCUCAAGGCUAUCAUCCAUUCGCUGAGUCGGGGUAACCCCAAUGCCGCAGAUUUGGACGAAAGUGGCCAUGUCAACCGAAACAACGACCAAUCCGAGCACUUGUCUGAGUUGGAGAAGCGAUUGCAAGAGAUUGAGGAAACUGCCCAAGGAAAGAACACUCGCAUUGAAGAGUUGGAGCGCGAGCUACGGGAAUUUCGGAUCAACUCGAGCAAUGGAGGUCGCAACCGCAGUUCCACCGUCACGCUGUCUCCCAAGCAGCACAAGCCGACAAGUUCCUCUGGCAGCAUUCCAGCGAACAAUGCCAACCUCACUCACCGUUUGUCGGACCGCACUGUCGUUCCGAAUGACUGGCAUGAUGCCCCAGCCAACCCUAGUGAGGCUCGCCAGCACCACCGUGGCGCCUCCAACUCCUCCCAAUCACGCCUCGAGCCUAUGCCUGAAUCAGAGCGUUCUUCUGACGACGACUCUCAAUGGUGUGAGAUCUGCGAAACUGGCGGACAUGAUAUCUUGAAUUGCACGAGCAUGUUCGGCUCUAAGCAAAAUGCCAAACAAGCAAAGCCUGCCGAACGGCCUGCUGAAAAACCCCCAGCAGAGAAGCCUGCCGAUGAUCACUCGAACUCGAACCAUGGUGCAGAUAGCCACACGGACAGCACCUCUACCCAGAAGACGGGUCGUGAUGUUGUCCUCGAGGGUCUCAAGGGCAUUGGUGGUCUGGGAUCUUCCAUGACCCCUGCUGCUGGUAAGUCAUCGGGAGUGAUUGAUGAGUCCAAGUGGUGUGCUCUGUGUGAGCGAGAUGGUCAUGAGAGCAUUGAUUGCCCUUUUGAUGAAUAA